GCGCAAGAUUCGAACAUGCGAGUGAAAAAACGAAAUCGCACUGUCACUUGCAUAACAUCAGCUAUCAAGAUGGCUGGACGUAUUCAGACUGUCUUAGGGGCGUUGGAUCCUACGAAAUUGGGGCAAACACUCACACAUGAACAUAUUCGUAUGGACUAUCAAAAUUGCUAUAUUAAGCCGCCUCGUGAAGAUCAUCAAGACAAAAUUCAUGACAAUAAAAUCAAUUUGAGAAAUUUAGGAUUUGUCAGACAGUAUCCUUACAGUCAUGUAUACAAUCUUUCGUUUGGAGAUGAAGAUUUGCAAACAAUGAUAGCUGAAGUGGCAGAAUAUAAACGGUUGGGAGGCGAUAGCAUGGUAGAAGUGACCACGUUUGGGAUAAAUCCUGACUACGAAUUUCUUAAGAAGGUAUCGGAAGCAACAAAUGUUAACAUCGUAUGCAGUACCGGGUAUUAUCUUGGUCACACUCUAACCGACGAGGUGAAGAAUGAAAGUGUGGAAAGUUUAGUUAAGAGUAUGGUUAACGAUUUAACAGUUGGGCGAAACGGUAUAAAAGCUGGUUGUAUCGGGGAAAUCGGAUGUCAGUAUCCUCUAGCGGAUUCAGAACGGAAAUCUUUAAUAGCAGCAGCGAAAGCCCAGGCAGAAGUUGGUUGUCCGUUGAUUAUACAUCCUGGUCGGGACGAAAAAUCUCCAUUCGAAAUCAUCGACAUCCUCAAAGAGGCUGGAGCCGAUAUCAGCAAAACUGUAAUGUCCCAUUUGGAUAGAACUUUAGUCAUGGAUUCCGAUAUUUUACUCAAAUUUGCUGCUUAUUCAACUUGCUAUCUCGAAUUCGACUUAUUUGGAAUGGAAGUCUCGCUGUACCAAGCCAACGACAACGUUGAUUUUCCUUCAGAUGCACAACGUAUACAGAUGAUAAAGUUGUUAAUCAAGCACGGAUAUGAAGAUCGGAUUGUGAUAGCACAUGACGUACAUACACGUCAUAGAUUGCUCAAAUAUGGCGGACAUGGCUAUGGUCACAUUCACGAAAACGUGUUACCAAUGAUGCUAAGGAGAGGUAUUUCACAAAACCAAAUAAACAAAAUACUUAUCGAUAACCCCAAAAGAUGGCUAACUUUCUAAACACAUAUCCUGAAGGAGAACAGUGUCGUCUUUUUAGAUGUAUUCUUAGAAUAAAUGCAAAUGAACAUUUAAGAAA